AUGUCUUCGGCGCAGACAAGCGAUAUGAGCCUCACGGAGCGCGUGCAAGCUUUACCGGCCGAGCUCUUCAAUCGCGUUCUGGACUACACCUUCACCCUGUCCCCGAGCAACAACGACAUCGUCGAGGUCACCAAGGCCUACAAACCACCCGCCAUCCUGCAAAUCGACCGCGCUUCUCGUGCUAAGCUCAUGGGACGCUAUUAUGACGAUAAGAUCUUCACCUUGGACGUCGAAGACCCCGGAGGCUGCGUCGCCUGGAUUCACUCGCUCACAUCCGCAAACCGGCAGGCCAUUUUGCAGAUUAGGCUUGAUUGGUUGCAGCGGGACAAGAAACCCAAAUUCGAUGAUGCACAUCCGACAGUGUUCCAUGCUUCAAGAAUCUUGCACAAACGCCUGGAUGCUGGUGUGUGGCUUGAGGUACGCGACAAAAUUUGUUAUCACACGGCCACGAAAGGAGCAAAUAUGGACAGGGAGUUUACGAUUUGUGAAGUCAUGGAUUUGUGGUGGUACAAUAGGCAGUUCAGGGCGGUCAAGCAGGAGAGCUCGCGCUAG